AUCAGACCAUACAUAACCAACAUUCGGAGUGGAAACCAGAGAAGGGAAGAGUCAAUGUCCUCGUAUUUGCCUUCGCGAUCUUCUGCGAAUUACAGAAGAACAAUAGCUCGAGCAACAAAUGUCCAACCCAUUGCUCCAGGAGCUCGACUUCAGGAUCCAGGCUUAGCUCCUGCUCCGAAUGUUCGACCUUUAUUUCAGUUCUUAGCUUUUGGACUCAUCCUGAUUUUGGGCUCGCUUCAGUUUCUCUUGCCAGUCACCCAUUUUCGGAACCCCUCCGAUCCUUUUAGAAACUGGGUCCCAUUUAAAACUUCUUCAUCUCCGUUGACCAAGAUUGAGGCUUCAAGGAAUGGUGAUAGUGGAGGUGAUAAUGGGAUGGUGCAUGUUGUUUCUUGGAUGGACUGUCUAGACCUUCGACUUCUUGCAGUUCUUGCCAACUCAACUUUGUCAAGCUCCAGAUAUCCUGAUCUGGUACACUUUCAUUUCUUUAUCCCUGGAGGGAACGAAGACAAAGUGUCAUUUUAUAAAUUGAAGGUCUUAUUUCCACAUUCAAAUCUUCAAAUUCAUGGGCAGGAUGAAGUUAAAGAAUUACAUGCAACUGCUGUUCGAGGAGUGCAAUAUAAUGAGACCAGUCUUGAAGAAAUAGUGCCUUUCCUCAUACCAAUUGUCCACCACUUUCUGAACAAAUUCAUAUUUGUCUCAGCAAAUGUAAUCAUGAAGGGAAAAGUUGAAGAUCUAAUUGGAGUUGACUUAACCAAUUAUGCUGUUGCAGCUGCUGAAGACUGCAAUGAAAAAUUAAGCACAUACGUGAAUUCUGAUGUGUUGGAUGCUAUUCAAAGAUCUGCUUCAAAACCAUGGGUACCUGAGAGGCCUUAUGUGAAGGAUUCCUGUAUUCCAGAUUUAAGAGUUCUUUUGUUUGAUGCAAAUAAGUUAGAAAAGGAUUAUAUGGAAGCCAUCUUAUGGUGGAGCAAAGUUCUUAAUCUGCGGGAAAGCACAAGUCCAAAAGGCCUGGCAGUCUCGUUGGCACUCUACAACAGGCAUCUUCGGCUUUCUUCUUCUUGGUUGGUGAAGCAUUCAACAUCAACAGAUGUCAACAACAGUAUGGUUGUCCUGUAUGAUGGGCCCUCUGUUUGCUAUGAAUCAGGCAGUGGAACCAUUGAGGGAAAUGCAUGGACUCAGUUCCUUCCUUCAAUCUCAAAUCAAAUCUUGGGUAGCUAGAGUUGCACCUUAUGAAUCAGAAGUUGAUAAUGAAAUGAGAUUUGCCUUGAAUGUGAGGCAUGGUUAUGCAUCAUGAGGCACCAAAACUAUUGUAAUUCAAAAUGAAUAUGGAAAAUGCAGAUGUUUAGUGUAAUAGUUGAAAUCCUAAUUCUAAUAUAGAU